AUGGGUCAUGGUGGUAUGAAUUACCAAUUGAAAACUGUUCGUUUAAUAAUGAUAGUAGUUAAUGUGAUACUAUUUUUGAUCGGUGCAACUUUAUUAGGCGAAGGUAUUGAUCUUUUAUUUAGUGGACAUUUUCACAAUUUUACAGAAUUUAUAUCAAGUGUUCAAAGUUCAAAUAAUGCAAAGAAUAAUGUUGUAUUCGAUGAAAUUUUGUAUAUAAUUAUGAUUAUUCCCGGUUUUAUACUUCUGUCAAUUGGAUUCUUGGGUUGUUCUGGUGCAAUAACUCAAAUACAAUGUCUUUUAUUUUGUGUAAAACAAUUUAUAUCCAUAAUACGUUUAUUAAUUCGUGAUAAAUACAAAGGACCACUUGAGAAAAAUCUUCAAUUAACAUCAUAUCUAUGGGAUUUGAUUAUGUAUCAGUUAAAAUGCUGUGGUAUAGAAAGUAAAAAUGAUUUCAAUGUAACAAAUAACUGGAAUCGAACAAAUCCAUGGUGGACUAAUUCAAUGUCAAUGGAGAAUAGAAAUUUUAAAUAUCCAUUAACAUGUUGCUCAAUAAAUACUAUUUCGAAUAGAGAUUGGCAAUUAUCUCAGAAAGUUAUUUCAUGUGCUCUUCAUGGAAAUGAUAUUUAUGAAAUUGGUUGUUAUAAAAAACUUGUUGAUACAUUUCAUUCAAGUCAAAGUACAAUUUUUAUUAUUAUUGCAUUUAUUAUUAUGAUCGAGAUGACUGCUUUAAUUUUUGUACUAGUUAUUUAUAAUCGAAAUCAAAUGAAUAGAACUCAUCAUAUUAUGGAAGAGUUGCCGCCACCAUAUCCCACUAGGACGAGAAUGAACAAUGCAAAUUUAUAUUUUCAGAUUUAG